CUUCCUUCUCCCUUCCUGCAUUCCACCUAAAAUAGUGAAUGCUUCUCCUAGAUAACAGGCAAUUCCAAACGUUUCACCGGCACAAGAAAACUCACCGAUGACAUCCCUCCGGACCAACCUCGGGCCAUUGACCACGACAUUCACUUCUCCGGAAUCAUGUACUGUCGCUGUAGGAGCGUGUCCGACUUGUACAGAAGGAUGGCAGGCUCAAACGUGCAGUAAUAACGCGUUUAAUAGCCAAGGGGUGCAGGAUGAUGUUGAAUGUUGGCCACCUCGCGCCAAUCCCAGUCUGACGACAGGAGUAGCCCUCAACGGCUGGGGCUUUUAUUCGCCCGGUAUACAUUGCCCCGCUGGGAUGGUGACUGCUUGCUCGGCGACGGGAGGAUCAAAUAGAGGAUUCCAGUUUCAGUACUCGUUGAACGACGGCGAAACUGCCGUAGGCUGUUGUCCAAGGUAAGCUCGCCCAACGCGAUCACCGUAUCUCACCGAAAAACGCCCAGAUGUUGAGUUUAACUGAAAUUAACUCUGACAGCGGCUAUUCCUGUGGCCAUGCUGGCCAUGACCAAUAUCAGACAUGUCAGUCCGUUUAUGCAACUGGCUCUUUUCCAGUUGUCCAAUGCAGGUCCGGCUCGAGCAAUGGCUAUACGUAUCAAACAGUCCCGGCGACUGUCACAGCCACAACAUCCAAAUCAGUGACGCUAACGCACACAAUAUCUGCGUACACUGUCAGAGCUCCCAUGAUCCAGAUCAACCAUAUGGCAACUGACUUGCCGACAUCGACAUCGACGCCACCCCAUCCUACCUCAUCGGACUCAUCUUCUGGAAUAGAAGUUAGCGCCUCCAUAUCUGCACAUUUGUCUCCAGGCGCGAAGGCCGGAAUCAUUGUAGCAGCCUGCUUAGGCGCUAUAGGACUACUCGCGUUCAUUGCAUGGUUGUGGUAUAAGUGUGGGUCACGGAGAGACAAAGCUGCUUCGGCUAAGUCAGAAACUGGUGAUUCUCAAGUCCCACCUAUUCCAGUCACGAAUAAUAGCAUGUCACAAGAGCCGCAGACAAAUAGGCCGAAGUCCGAGUUACCAGCCCACCACAAUGUUUCGGAAUUGGAUGGUUCGCAGAUUUCUGGGCAUGGGAAUACCGCGGGUCCGGGUUGAGUAGUUGGCCUUAAAUGCAUGUGUACGAAUAAGACUAGGCGCUCUGGCACGCCGGUCCAGCUUUCAGGACGGGUCUUCUUUAGGAUAGAGUGAUUUGCAUUUGUAAAUAGAGUGCUUCGUUGGCAGCCCGAAGAAAAACCCUGUAAUGCGACAUUUCACCAUCGUGCCGUGCCGUGAUUCGGCAAUAUGUAGAAAGGCAAGCCGAAAGCUAGAACCUCCCAAUCUUUCCUCCAAUCUAGAAGGGUGCCAAGUGCGACUCAGAGCGAUCACCAAAUAAGAAUAGACACAGAAUAUGAACUAGGAAGGGUCUCUUUG